AUGUCGACCGACGCAGAGACCCAAAACAACAUUCUCGUUCUUACAGCUCUCUUUAAACAGAUCGAUAUUGGCGCACAUGGUGCCAUCAAUUUCAAACGUCUAGCAAAAGAUAUGGGUGUUAAUGGUCAAAAUGCUGCUCGGCAUCGCUUCCACCGAUUCAAAAGAUGUUUCACCAGAACUGAUGGGGUACGUCCCACUCUUGCCGAUGUCAACAACAAUAAUCUAGUUAUGGGCGCCCUCUUCAAGCAACUCGAAAUUGGCAGGAUCGACUUCACACGCUUGGCGGUGGACAUGGGCGUUAAUGGUCCAAAUGCUGCCAGACAUAGAUGGAUUCGUCUUUUGAACAGUUUUGGGAUCAGCAGGCCAAACAGAGCGGCUGAGGAUCAGGGUCAAGAUGAUGGCGGAGAUAACGAGAAGAAUCACAGAAGGAACUCCGGAAACAAAGAUAAGAAAGGGGACAGAAAGGAGGACGAUGAAGCAACAAACGGCCCUGCAAAAGUCGAAGCGAACACCAAAGCUACCAGGUCAAAUCUGCCUGGCUCGCCACUGAAGUUUGAGAUUAAAAGGGAGGGAACUGGUCUAGAGUCACCUAAGAAAACGGGCAAGAGAAAGAUGGAGGACACAGAUGGAGAUUUGAAUGAAGAGAAAGAGGGGGCUAAAUUGAUGCAGAUGCCGGCGAGAAAAUUUCUGAAGAGUGCGACGAAGAGUAUCAAAAGUAGACAGAGGAGUAAGCGGGGCAGUAAUGAUAUCGGGGAAGGUUAUUAUGUAUAUGGCCAAGAUGAGGGGUUCGAGUCUGGCUUUGAGGACAUCGACUACACAAAAGUUCCUGACAAGAUGAAGAAGAGGGGCAGAACGGUAGACGAAUACAGUGGCGAGGAAGAUUGGGAAGCUUAG